CGCGCCGCUACUGUGUACUCCGUAGGUACUCAGUAAUCCGAACACAAAAGGCUCUGUGGUAAUCUGGUGUGCGCCGGCAGCAGGUUCUGAUCGGCGCUCUGGUCCUCGAUGCCUUGUAAAGCCUUUCCCUCACCCAGGCUGAACACUCGAGGGAUCACGUCUUGUGCAGCCAACUGCGACCUGCACUGCUCCUAACCCGUUCAAACCCCACCACCUCCACUUAAAGCCGGCCUACUCCCCUCCGAGACGGUGGGUUCCCGGAGACAGAGCUCGCGUUUACACAGCGACUCUAUCUAGCGACGCCAGGGAUCGAGAGCGGCCCGUCGGGUGCGGCGAAGAUGUCGGUGAUCCAACUGGAAGAUCUCGUCUUGUACCAGCUGCGGACCAGCUAUCUCAAUGAUAUUGCCGACGGCGUCGGGGAACGCCUGUUCACCCUGAAUGAGGGCUUCCUCAACUCGGCCCCUUUCAAGUCUGCCGGCUGGCGGGCGAAUCCGGCGCUCAUCAAGCGGACUCACUCUCCGCCAAUCCCCACCGCGGUCGCAUCUGAGUAUUUCCAGACGCCUCGACGCCCCGGCCUAACCCUCGAGGAUGAGGGGGAGGAGGCUGGUCUGUUCGCUGGCGGCGCGGCCGAGCCCGUGGGUCCCAGCAUGGCAACGAAGCGUCGCCGUCGGCGGGAGCAGAUGGACGAGGACGACAGCAGUGAUCUCAGCGACGAGAGCGACGAAGAACCGGACCAGCGCGCUGCUCAACAAAUCAAAUUUGCCAAGAUGCCCGUCCGGAACCGCUCCGGCUCCUCUCCGCUCCAGUCGUCCGCCCUUCGCCAGACGACCACGCUCUCGUCGCCUCGUCCGGCGCCACGGAGGGGAUCGCAGCCUGCGCUCGAGACUGUGAAGGAGAGGGCGCGGCGCGACACCGUCACCAGCAGCGAGGUGUCGUCAGAGAACGAGUUCGAUGCCCCCGGCUUCCACAGGCACCGAGAGGCCGCCCGCGCUGCCGCCGCGCGCGCUGCCAAACCAUCCGUCAAGCUGCACACCGAACCUACCGACGGCGCUGACGGCGUCAAACGCCAAGGGAGCGACUUGCUCGAGGAGGAAGAGGAGGACGACUCGGACGUGUCUGACACGUCUUCGGCGCUGAUCGAGAGCAUCGACUCGGCCUCGAUUCUAGACGCUGUCAAGAACCCUCUCAACGCGUCUCUGCGAGACCUUGUGGUCGGCACCCCUCCGCGGGAGUUUACACGAAGAUCUACGAUUCGGAAAUCAGCAAUGCCGGCUCCGCUGCAGAUUUCCCAAGGGGCGCUGCCGCCGCCACGGCCCAUGAGCACCAUUCGGCCUCUGAGCAUGAUGCAGCCCAAGAGCUUGCUCUCCGCUGCGCUCAAUGCGAAGAAGACCAAACCCGCGCUGCCCUUUGACAGCUUCGCCUCGUUGUCGGGCCAGGGCGAUCCGAACCCCAUCGUGCUUCGCAUCUACGCCCCCUUCUCGAAGACGCCCUCGAAGCCCUUCGAAGUCCUCAUCCGGCGGACGGUCCACCAAGGGGAGGGCGGGGAUAGGCCCGUCACGGUUGCUGACCUGAUCGGCCUGAGUCUCUGGCGCUACAACGAGGAGAAGCUGGAGCCGCCGCUUCCCAGCGAUAAGCUGAACGUCAACUGGUGGACGCUGCGCAUGGUCGAAGAGGACGGCGAGGUUGACGAGGACUUCCCGCCUCUCGACCGCAACAAGGGGCUCAUUUCGUUUACCACGGCGAACAACAAGGCCAGCCGGUCUCGUUCCAACUCGAAGGUCUACGACAUAUUCGCGCUGGCACCAGCCUCGCCCGCCGAGUUUGAGGACAACAAACGCAGCACUCCGCAGUUUGAACAGGAAGCAGCGGCCGAAGAGGACGACAAGGAGGUGACGCCCCGGAACACGCCCCGGCCGGAUGCUCGCAUGCUUCCUCCGGCACAGCCUCGAGAGAACCCGCUGCUGAACACGGCGUACCGCGCGAACACUACGCUGUUCGCGGACAUGCCGCAGUCGACGCAGCCGACAAGCGCGCCUUCGCGCGGAGAGAAGAGGCUGCUGCGCAUCCACAUCCAUUCCUCCGAUAUUGCGCCGGGCCAGAUGAUUACGCUCGACGUGAGCACCGAGACUUGGCUGGCCGAAGUCCUCGACAUUGCCUGCAGGAAGCGGCAACUCGACAAGGCCAAUCACGUCCUCAAGCUUCCGCAUUCCGGGACGGUGGUGUUGCUGGACCGGACGGUUGCCUCGCUCGGCAACGUCACCGACCUGGAGCUGUACCGGCGCCGAUUCGCCACCGACGGGCCGCUGAUGGCCGGAUCGCUCAGCAGCUCCUCUCCCAGGCCGCCGCUCUUCAGCGACAAUGCCAGCUGGACCAAGGCGAGGAAGCCCAAGCUCCUGGGGACGCAUCCGCUGGCCAAGGAGGUGCUAAAGCAGGACGAGCUCGGCGUGGCAUCCAACUACAAGAAAUACACGGUCUGGCGGAAGCAGCCGAUGCGGCUGCUGUCGGAGAAGCUGUUUGCCGUCGAUGGCGAGUACAUUCACAUAAUGCCAGCGUCGGGCGGCAAGCUGGCCCAAGGGGACGGCAAGUCGACCACGGUCCACUUUAGCAACGUGGUGGGCUGCAAGGUGUCGCGGAAGCACCCAACAAACUUCAAGCUUGUCGUCUACAAGUCGACGGAAAGCAAACGAUACGACUUCGUCACGAGCAGCCCAGAGUAUGCGGCGGAGAUCGUCGCGGAGCUCAAGAAGGGCAUCUCGCCUUACCGAGACGUCUGACAGAAGCGGCGUUUGCUGUAAGAUUCCCGGCUGCUCGAAAUACGUGGAAGCAGAAAGACGGGCUUCGGACGGGCUUCGAAAGAAUACUGUGGUACGAAUGGCACCAGGGGGCGUGUCGGGUGGGGCGCGUCGAUGACAUCACGGAAGACGGGGCCGGAACACCCGAAAGGCCGCAUUGGAUGACGAGUCCAAUUAUGACUCGCAACAAGCGGUUGAGAAUUACGGAUCCGUACUGUGGUGCUGUCAGAAUGGCAA